GUGUUAGAAAGUGCUGGAAAAACUUCCAGCUGCCUGCCGCCUGCCCACUUUAACACACCGCCCUGUCCCCUGACCGACAUCUCCUGUCUCAGGCUUGUUGGGGAAGCUGAACACAAGCUGGAAGAACGACACUUCACUUUCCGCUGGGGGGUCCCGUAGCCCUCCAGACUCAGUAUCAAGUUCAAUAACUUUAGGGUCUAAACUCCUUCUCCCCUGUCCCUGUCCCUAUCCCCUACACACCAGGCCUUGUCAUCGCAAGGGCUGCUACCCAGAACUUGUGAUAAUGGGAACUGCAGAUGCUGGAGAAUCCAAGGAUGAUCCAUUGUGGAGUGCCAGAAUAUUGAAAACUAAUCCACAGGCAAUCAAAGAUGUGCACACAAGGUAUCUUUCGAGUGGUGCUGAUAUAAUUACCACGGCCACAUACCAGGCGACUCUGGCAGGAUUUGUUAAAUAUCUUGGUUUGAAAUCAGAGGAGGCAGCUCUGCUUUUACAGUCAGGUGUAUACAUUGCUAAAGAGGCUGUUGCUGAGUUUCUCUCAGAAUCCAGAAGCUCAGAGAGGAGAAAACCUCUCAUUGCAGGUUCCAUUGGGCCUUAUGGAGCUUUUCUGCAUGAUGGUUCCGAAUACUCAGGAAAUUAUGUUGAAUCGAUGACUACUGAGGAAUUAAAAACUUGGCAUCGACCUCAGAUGCAGUCUUUGAUAACUGCAGGAGUGGAUCUCAUUGCUAUGGAAACAAUUCCUAGUCAGAAAGAAGGAGAAGCUCUGGUGGAACUUCUUCGGGAAUUUCCUAAUGCUAAAGCUUGGCUGUCAUUUUCUGUCAAGGAUGGGAAAUGUAUUUCCCAUGGAGAGAACUUCGAAGAUGCGGUGAAAUUUGCAAUUAAAUCUAAUCAGUUGAUGGCUGUCGGAUUAAACUGCUGCUCUCCUGAUAUAAUUAGUCCACUCCUUUUUAGUGCCAAUAAAGCCAGGGGACCAGAAAUAGGAUGGAUUGUAUAUCCCAAUAGUGGCGAAACAUGGGAUUCUGAUACGCGCUGGGGGAGAAAAUCAGUCAAUAACCAACUUGCAAAGUUUGCAUUGGAAUGGAAAGAACUUGGCACUAAAUGGAUUGGUGGCUGUUGCAGAACCACUCCAACUGAUAUUGCAGAGCUACGACGUACCCUAACACUGAAUGUGUCACAUGAUUGAGCUUCGAAUAUUGGCAAGAACUAAUAUGAAUGCUAUGGAAUUCUAUUGUUAUCAUCUUAGUUAUUGCAGUUUUCUAAAUUAUUUUUCAGGCUAAUGGUAUUUGCAGUAAGUAUUCAAUAGAUUGGUUUCUUGAGUUUACAGAAUUCUUAUGGCCCACUGUUCAACUUGAAUUCAACUCUGAUCUAACCUUCAAAUGAAUGAAGGCAUACUUUGAUCUUCCAUUUGGAAUGUCUCAAAAGAUGAUUUUUCCAGACUUUGUAAAUAGCGUUUGAUCAGCAGAUAGGCUUCUUCAGUAUAGCAAUAAUGUUACUGAAAAAGCUAGCUUCACACUCAUUUUCUUAACAUAUUUCAACAUCAGUAGUUCCAUGGAACAGCAUCAAUUAGUAUUUCAUGAUAAAUUGAAUUGGUGCAGGAAGACUUAUGAUUUUAAAAUGAGUGAGGUGUCAAUUUUAAAUAAUAGAAACCUGUUCAAAAACUAGUAACUUCAUGUAACUUCCUGACCAGUCAAGGGGGACCUGAUAGCUUUAUUGUUUUCCUAUUAAUCCAGCGACCCAAGUAAUGUUUUGGGGAUCCAGGUUUAAUUCUGGCAUUGGCAAAUGGUGGAAUUUGAAUUCAGUAACAAUCUGGAAUUAAGACUCUAACGAUGACCAGGAAAACCAUGGUUAAUUGAGGAAUAUGGUGGCCUAAUGGUAAUGGCACUGGCACUGAACUCCUAAUUAAGGGGCUAAUGAUCUGUGGACGCAGGUUCACACCACACCUGGCCAACUGGUAGAAUUUAAUAAAAAAUAAAAGAAAUUAGAUUAAUAAAAACUUUUGGGCAGCAUGUUGGCUCAGUGGUUAGCACUGCUGCCUCACAAUGCUCCGGACCUACAUUUGAUUCCACUCUUGAGCGACUGUCUGUGUGGAAUUUGUGCGUUCUCCCUGUGUCGGUGUGGGUUUCCUCCCACAGUCCAAAAGAUGUGCAGGUUAGGUGUGUUGGCCAUGCUAAAUUACUCAGUGGUCAGGGAAGUGUAGGUUAGAUUUGUUAGCUGUGGGAAAUACUGGGUAGGGGUCGGUGUGGAUUUGUUGGGCCGGAUGGCCGGUUUGCACACUGUAGGGACUCGGUCAAAAAAAACCCAUCUGGCUAACUAAUGUCUUUUAGGGAAGAAAACUGCAUCCUUACCUGGUCUGGACUACAUAUGACGCAUGACCCACAGCAAUGUGGUUGACUUUCAAAUCCAGUAAUGAUAGCCAAUAAAUAUUGGCCAAGCCAGCAAUACCCACAUCCUGUGAAUGAAUUUUAAAAUCUGGUGCCAUCAUCACUUUUAAGAAUUUUCAGGGCCACCGUCAGUUGCUGUUUCACUCACAGCACAACAUCUCAGCUCAGAUCACUCAAAAAAGAAUUGAUACAAGGGGGAAGAUGUUAUUGUGGAUUUGAUUUGAGGAGGCAUAUUUAAUGUCAUAUUUCCACAAUAUCAGUUGAAAUUUUACCAUUGUAGCAGCUAAUUAUGUCUCACCUUACUCCCAGUGUUGCAGUUUCAGUCAUCCUUUAAAGCAGAAUGUUCCAAUGAAAAUAAAUAUUUCUCUUUUUUUGGUCAUAAAUUCACCCUUCACAGUACCAGGCUUCUUUGUCUUCCUGCCUUGGUGUUUCUGGUAGUAGUGUACAGGGUUGGUUCAGCUGUUCCAUUAAAGUAUUUGAUAUCACAAAAAUUGCUGGAAAAUUUCACAGGUCUGGCAGCAUCAGUGAAAAGAAGUCAGAGUUAACAUUUCAGGUCCGGUGACUCUGCUUAAGAACUGGCUAGGAAAGUGUUGAUCAAAAUGCAGAAGAUAGGGGGUAAGGAGUAAACAAUAGUUGGGGAUAGAGCCCAAAAAGAGACAGAAGAACAGGGACAGACAAAGGAAUGGAUAACAAUCUAGCUAAGAGGGGGAACAGCAGUUAAUGGAGACUGUUAUUGGCUAACAAUGAGUUGUGUGUAAUAGCAGACUGAAAGGUAACUGUGUGUGAGUGUGGUGGCUGGGACAUAGAAGAGUUCCAGCCCUGAAGUUAUUGAAUUUUUUGUUGAGCUCAGAAGGUUGCAGGGUCCCCAAGUGGAAAAUCAUGUGUUGUUCUUCCAGUUUAUGCUGAGCUUCAUUGAAGCAGAGCUUUUGACCAGGGAACAGGAUGGUCUGUUGAAGUGGCAGGCCUACGGAAGCUCAAGGUCUUUUUUGCAAGCAGAAUGUAGGUGUUCUACAAAGCAGACACUCCGACUACGCUUUGUUUCCCCAAGUAAAGCACUGCUUUACCUGGAAGAUAUGUUGAGCCUCUUGGAUACUGCAGAGGGAGGAGGUAAAUGGGCAAGCAUUACAUCUUCAGUGAUUGUGGGAGAAGGUGCCUUGGGGCUUGUUGGGAGUGGAGGAAGAGUGGACCAGAGAUCUAAUGUAUUUUAUCUAAUCCUAAUUUGAUAACUAAUUCUUCAUAGGUCUUCAUUCUGACAGUUACUUUGUUCAAAUGAUUUUCUUUCUUUCCAAAAGAACUGACGUUUUGAGAUGGGGUUGGGUCUCCCAACACUUUUGGGUUUUUGAUGGUUUUCCGUGUUGUAACAGGCAGAGCACUCUAAAAAAAAUUAAUGACUGUUCUGGAGAUUUCAAUAUAACUGAUUUGAAAAUAACAUUUCAAUUUAUUCCGGUCUUGCAUUACUCAGACAUAUCGAAUGAUGUUAAUCAUUGAGUCUACCAAUCUCCCCCUAAUUUUGGCUCCAAAAUGCAAGACCAAGCAAAUAUCUCUAAUAAAAGGAUUAUAUUGUUCACUCAUCUCAGGCAUAAACCUUAAUGGACUCUCUUUUGUCGGCUAUUGUUUAUUUUCCUUCUUGGAGAUCUUGACUUGCAGGACCAGACAUUAACUUAUUUAAGUGCAAAUAUGCUGCAGCAGCAGUCGGUGCCAUUGAAAUACCUGCACAAAACAUGAGAGAGAGAGCAUCAACACUCUACCCAGGUAAGUUACAGAGUGGUCUCUGAAAACACUAUGUAGAUUAAUGAAAGAGGGAGCCAGCCUCCUCAGGAAACCUCUGCCUACUGCACAGCAAUACAAGGCUAUCAUGUUGAAAGAAGGUCCAACUGAUGCAAUGCAUAAUUGAGCAAUAUUGAAAAGUUUCUGCUUUACCUUUGCUUGGUAAUCACUGUAACACUGCACUUGAGUCAGAAGAUAUUCACAGUGGGCCAAAUGCCCUAUUAUUUUUGUUGCACAUUCACUAACUGGUGUUUAUAAUCGACUGAAUUUGAGCAUAAUGUAAGCUUACAUCUUAUUUUUAGUAAUGCCACGAUCAGUACUGAAGGUUGUUUUGUCUACUGUCAUCUUGUUAUAAUUAUAAAAAUUAUUUGACAUUGUUCAAUGCUGGAGGCAGAACAAGGUAACUCGGAUAUUGUACUGUUGAGUGUAAGGAUUUUGUUCUGCAGUCUUUGACAGACUUUUUCUUUUUAAAAUCUUAUUACUAUUUAAGUGGCCAACAUAAACAAUAUUUUAUCCCUUUACUUUGAGCACCAUUCAAUACAGUGUCUCCAUGCCACUAUAUUUUGUGUGACCAAUUAGAUUUGUGUUUGCAAAGACAUCAAUCCACAACUUGAAUCAAUCAUGAGUAGUUUAUUAAUUUUUAAAACCAUCUCCAAAAAAGAGAGACACUUCUGUUUAUCUCUAAUGGUUUCUGGAACUCAUUCUCUUUUAAUAAAAAUGCUAUUGAAAAAUGGAAAAUAAAAACAGGACUUGUUUUUAACAAUACCUCAAUGUACUUAUACUAAUUAAUCCCUACAUUUACACAGUACUGCAUACAGACUGGCCUAUGAAUUAUUGAUUUCAAAAUUAAAACAGGUUUUCAAAUUGACUUUUUGAAACACCUUUUACCAUCACUGGAAAAACACUGCAUAUGUCACUGUAAGACUGAUCAGUUUUUUCUCAAUUUUUGGUAGACCACGCUUUAUAUUUGUAUCUACCUAAAUCUGAAUCAAAAACAUGCCCAAGUCAUUUGGUGUCCCACCUAUUCAUAUGCUAAGUACACUCAAGUAUAUACUAAAAUCAUUCAAUACUUUCCUCUUCAGUGUCACUUUCAGGAGAUCCACCAUCUCUGUAAUCAUAUGGACCUGCAACCUGCUUCCAUUCAGAUGUUUGCUGAAAACCAUCAUUGUCAUUCACUGAUUCAUGAUGAUCAUUUAAAAUUCGUUCCAAACCAAGGGCAGAAUUACUGGACUUGCAGUCUGAUACCUUUGAACGUCUUUCGCACCUGAAAUUUCCAAUGCUCAUCAUCCAUGUGCUUAAUUUUUGCCAGUUCAGUUUUUGGAACAUUAUUAUGCAAUGCAAGUUUCCACCAACCUAGUUAGAGAUCACAUCAAAUCAUUAUUAAGGCAAAGAUCAUAAAAUGAUACAUAACAGAAGGCAGACCAGUACCAACUUUUAUAAAACAGCUUUGCAAUUAGUCGCACUCCUCUGCUCUUUUCUGCUAGUUUUUUUUCCUCUAAGUAUUAAAUCACUGUGCUUUUGAAAAUGAUUGAUCUGCUUCCCCUUCAAUUUCAGAUAGUGCACUUCAAAUCAUGAGAUGUUGCUUCUGGUACUUUUACUAAUUAUCUAGAAUUGGCAGCCUCUGGUUAUUGAAACCUCUGUCACCAAAAACAACUUCUUUCUUAGUCUGUCAAAUGUUUCAACAAUUUGAAGACCUUAUAUCAUAGUCCCGUUUAACUCUUCUUUGCUUAGGAGUAAUCCUAGAUUCAUCAGUCUUUCUGUAUAACUGAUGUCUUUCAGGUUUGGUACCAUUCUAGUAAAUGUCCUCUGCAGAUUCUCCAAGGCUUGACCUCUUCCCUAAAAUUUGGUGCUCAGAAUUGGCCAUGAUGCCCCAUUUAGCAUCGAGCCAGUGAUUUAUAAAGAUUUAAUGCAUCUAAAUUUUUCUUUGGAGUAGCAGUUGGGAAUGGACAAUAAAUGCUAGCUUAGCCUGCGACAGCCAUAAUUCAUGAGCAAUCAAGUGAGUUAAGUAAAAUCUUUAGAAUUCCAAGCAACAAACAUUAGAUGAGAGGACUUGGCAAUCAAUGUCUCUGUUUAUAAAGGCAACAGUCAAAUAUUUAGAAUUAUCCAUUGCUAAGACCCAAGUAUAUUUAUGAUCAUUAUAUAUAGUUUUCACCCAACAAUGUGAUUAAUGUUAAAUUCCUACAAAUUAAUCCAACAGUUUAAGUCUACAGUAUUCAGUUUCUAAAUGCUCAGCAAAUGAAUUUUGUCAGUUACCAAUAUGCUGCACAAACAUGUCCUGAAAAGGAGGAAGUGCCAAUGGGGGCAUACUGAUGUUUCUUGAAAACUUAAAAUUUUUGCUAGAGAGAGGGAAAUAAAAGGUGCGUGGAGUGCUUGUUCCAUUACUGAUAAUCAAGUAUAAAUCUCAGAUUUCGUGUUUCAAACUUGCCCAAUUUUCCCACCAAAACUUGUUUUAUAUCACAUAGGUGUUUGGGGAAAAAACACGAAACAGGGCAAGGAUUACUCAAAUUAAUGAAAUAAUUGUUUUGUAUCAAGCUGUGCUUAAUUUCUUCCUCUGUAUUAUAGUGAUUAUUAACAUAUAUGCAUGGAAUUUGACCACAUAGUUAGAACUGGAUAUCUCUGUUCCAGAUGGGCCAUUCUUGUGCACAUCCUUGCAGCACACAGCAGUGACUGUGACUUAGUUGGCACACGAAUAGACAGUAGACAAAAAAGAUAACCUCAACGUUUGUGGGGAUAGAAAAGGUUUCCUUGAAAAAAUGCUAAAUUUGUAUGGUAGGUUUAGACUAUUAGACUAAAUUCCAAAUAUAAUUGUCACACAUACAGACUUAAAUUAUCCCAUGCCUUACAUUGUGCAAAUAACCAGGUCAGGUUGCUUUCAAGCAAAUAUUUGGUGAAUUUUAUUUUGCAAAGUCUAUGUUCUUGCCCAGAAGUCUGGCAUUGACUGCAGGACUCAGGAUUCCCUAAAUUCUGGGUCAACUAAAUCUAAAAUUUGAUUCCGCAUAUUCAGGUACAUCUUAAUGGAAAACAACCUUGGAACAUUUUAUAAUCAACAAAUUCACUUUGAACUUAGUGUGGUGUUAUAGUUAGCCCUCAAAUUCUAGGUACACUAAAAAUAGAAAAAAAAAGUUAACUCAAACAAAGCAUGUCAAACCCUUAUAAAGACAAGGGCUGACCCAUUUUUGUGAGCAGCUGUUCUGAACAAUGAUUCUGGUGAUCAGAGACACCGUUUUCCUUCAGAGCCAACCACUUGCCUGCUGACUCCAUCCUGUUGUGUUGCUUGUUACUUGUUAAUACUCCUAUAAUUCACAGCACAGGUGCAAAACUGAGAUCAAACAUUUAUUCACUAUAUUACAUAAUCAUCCAAAAAAAAUCCAAAGUCUUCCAUUGUUACCUUUUUUGUUUUUCUGUACUGUAUACCUUUUUCAGGAUUUCGAAUAUCAAGGUACUCAGGAUUCUGAGUGUUGAGAUCUAUUACUAUGUCUGCCCACCUGCAGUUAGAAAUAAAUCACUGUAUUAAAAGGAUAUUAUUGCAACACUAAUUUGCAUGAAACUAAUCACACUUCAAAUUAUCUCAACAUAACUGAAAGUGCCACAAAAAAAUUUAGUAUUGAUAGAACAAUUCUGUUUUUAAAUUAAGUCAAUAAAUUCUUGCUCACUGAUUCUAGUUACCACAGGCUUAUAUAUGCAGUAUUAUUUAUUCCAGCAAGAUUUAUUUUUGAUAAUAUCUCAGAUUUAUAUAGGAAAUAGAAUAAUGGUUGAUGGGUAUUUUUCAGGCUGUAAUGUUCCUCAGCUGUCAGUUUUGGGAUCCUUGGGCUAGAUCUUGGUGUAAAGGAAACAAGUUGCAAGUUUGCAAUUGUGAAGUGUAGAACGUCAAAAGCACUGACAACUUGGUGAGCGGGCAGACAGGUUGCAGAUAAAAUUCAAUGCAGAGAAUUGUGAGGUGGUGCGCUUUGGUACAAAGAACAUGGGAAAAUAAUAUAAAAUAAAGGGUAUUAUCCUAAAUGGUGCACAGGAACCGAGAGGAGGUUUUACAUUUACACAUUUCCCUCCAAGGUGUUCUUGUUCCUUCUGAUAUGUAGAGAUACACAGGUAAAUACUAAGUGCAACUGAGAUGGGGCGGGGGUGGGUGAAUUCUCUAUCUUCUCCAGCAGUACUGCAAAAGACAGGUUUACCAGAAUAUUGAAAUGAUGUGAUUUUCUUGGAUUUCUAAGCAAUCUCUCUCCCUUUUUCUAAAAAUGUAUGCUUGAAAAUUACCUGCCAAUUAUCUAUUGUUUCCCAAGUACAAAUCACAGGUGCAAAUUAGUAUAGAUCUAAUGACUGCACCAUUCAUGAAGGGAGGAAUUUAAUAAUUCGUGGUGAGAAAGAUAUUUGGUUCUAGCCUCUGACAAUCAUCAGGUGGGGGCAAAAUAGCCUCAAGGUUCUAUGAAAUCAAUUCCAGAAACAUCAUUUCUAGAAAAGAAUCUCCCUCUGUGGUCCUAAGUACAAAAGUGGACCCAGGUAGAAGAUGAAACAUGAACUAUGUGGAACAGGAGUCAAACGUUAUUUCAUUCACUGCAUACCCAAAAGCAUGAAAACUGAGGUUUUUCCUGGGAGUUCAACAAUAAACAACGAAAUUGGAUGAAUGCUGAGGAAAGGUUAUGCUUGGACUCUCGAACAUGAGAUUACUGUUUCAGAUUUUGGUGUCUGCCAUUUGAGGCAAAGGAGAAAUUUCUGCAAAGAGUAGUGAACAUUUGGAAUUCACCACCCCAGAAAUAUAGUGGCUGCUCAGCGAUUGAAAACUCGGUCAGAUUCUUAGGUACCUGCACUAAGAAAAUUUAAGCUUGGUAUGAAUGGUGCAUAGAGGUGAAGUUGAAGUAGAGACUUUCCUUUUACUGCAUGAAGGAGGGGACUGGUAAAACCAAAUGACACACCCUAGCUCUUGCUCAUUAUGUUAUAAUGGGAAAGCAUCUCGAGUCUCAGCACAUUGUCUCAGGGUGCCACUAGUUUAAGAAAAAGUGCAAAAUUGUCUGAAUAAUAAUUUUGCUUUCAAGUAUAUAGUAUGUAUAGUUGAAAUUAGAUUUAGUUAAAUUUAAAAUGAUUUCUUCAUUGAAACGUCUACCAGUAUUGAGGAAUGCUUAAUGUCAAUGUGUACUUAUUUGCCUUUAAAAUGCUUGGUUGUCUCCAAUGGCCCCUCACUUUCUUAUCAAUAUUCUGUGUUAGCUUUUCUUUGUGGGAGUGCUUCUACAGGAGCCCUGUUAUACAUGUGAUCAUUCUGUUUUGGAGAUCAGACAAAAUAUCAGGUGGCUCUUUUACUAAAGUUAUCCUCAGUUUUGACCAAUCCAGUCACCCUUUGAUGGUAGUUUAUGCAUACAAUUAUUAGAUAAAGACCUUAGAUAGCUAGUUCAGUGUGGACCAGUGACUAAUUAUGGAUAUCUCUGGUGUAGCUACUCAGUUUCACUCAACUGUGUCAUCAGAAGACCUUGAAAUGUUGCUUAUUAUGUUAAACUUACUUCUUGCAGUGAAUGGCUGGAUGUUUCUUACUAGGUUCCCCUAUUAAAAUCCAAAACUCCAUUUCAUCAAGGGGGAGCUUCCCUCUGUAAGCAAAAGGGAAAACAAAAUGCCUGCAAUACGUAAUUGGAAAUUGAAAAUUCUUCUCCUCACUUUGCAAUUAGAUAUACAAGUAUACUGUCAUCUAAUUUAGUAACAAAAUAUGAAAAUGGUGCAUCAUAGGUUCAUUUACUGUUAUAAAUAAUUUGUUAAGCUAAAUAGUGAUGGUUUAUUUCAAUUAGUUGCAGAUAUCUGAAAAAACAAAGUGUGUGGAAACAGUUUAAAACAAGAAUGAUUAGAACAUAGAAUUCUCCACAAAUUGCUGUCAAAGUAGAAUCCAUAAUUUGGAGGUAAAAUAAUUGCUUACAAUCUUUCACAUAUCUACGCUAUUAGUAAUAGAGUAAUAACAAUCUCAAAAUAAUUUACAUUUGUCCACUUUCCUUUUGAUUCGUACAGUAAUUAAAAACCUUACAUUUCAUAAUAUGUACCCAUUGGUUCCCUAAUAUUUAAAACCCAUCUGUUUUUUAUCUGUACUUUUUGAACUUGUAAUUAAUUGUUUACAUUGGAAAAAGCAAGCUAAUAUUUAACUUUAUUUUGGAAAAUGCUGUAAUGUUCCAUUUCUCACAAUUAAAAUGAAACAGAAUUCAAACUUUCUAUCAUUUAAAUCCACAUUUAAGCAACAGUAUCAUCAAGCUACCAAGGGAAGCGGUACAAUUAUACUUACUCACCGAAAUGCUUUGGAUGCCUUUACGGGGGUAGCCUCAAAUCCAAUAGGACAGAAAUAAUGAUUUUGGCAAUGGUAGAUGAAAGCCAUUGAUUCAUCCUUCAGUCCUUCAGUUAGCUUCAUUAAAGCCCCUUCAGCUGGAAUACAAUCAUAAGUAAGACUCCAACUAUUUUACAAGAUCCUUUAUUCAUCACGCAGUAAAUUAAGCUGUUACCAUUAUGUUCCAACAAUUUGUCAUGACCAAAGUAUCAAGACAAAAUGAUGGUUGUCAGAUUAGCUGGAGUAGUAGAAGAACCACUAGUUUUGCCAAGUAUGCUGGUUUGGGGAAACAGAGACAAAAAUAAACAAAAAUCUUUGAGUUCCCACUCCUGACCCAGCAACAAAUUAUUAUUGGGACUGCAAUCAUCUUCAUGUUUGCACAGAACAAUAGAGUUUUGCCUGCGAUAUUCCUAACAUUGUCAUUAGUCGUAGUUAGGGAAGACACAACAGUGCGUAUGGAAUUCUACCCAGCAGAACUCGAUACCGAGGGAAGUAGAGGAGAAGGAAAAAGUAGGCAGUGCUAAAACAGCCUCUAGGUAUCUGGAGAUGAUAGUACUAAAUUAUCUACAAUUUGCAGUUACUGACUGGCAGUUCAAAUCUGAAUAACUAGCAUUGCCUGUUCUGUUUUCAAUUUACUUGUUUGUAUAAGUAAGUUUUACGACAGCAAAAUACUGCGAAUGCUGAAAAUGCAAAAUAAAAAAACAAGAUGCUGAAAAUACUUAGCAGUCUGGCAGACUGUGGAAACAGCAAUAUGCAACUGCUUGAUAGUACAGAACUGAAACAGUGGUUAAAGAAGAUGAUGAAGUUGAAUAUUUUCGUCUUGCACUCACUCAUCAGGACCAGGAUGCCAGAUUAGACUUAAAAAGGGACACAAAUUUAUACAGCAUGAAGAAAAAAUGCUAUUUCCUUUAUUUCUGUACCAAGGAUGGCCCAAAUAGCCCACUAUUCUCAUUCUAUAAACUGGCAUCUCUUUUCCAAAGCCCUUGUGUUCAAGUCCUGAAGAAAGAAAGAUUUGAUGUUUGAAGUUAACUACAUCACAAAAACUCAGAUAAGGCAAGGGAUGCAGGUUCUGAUCAACUAAAGGGGGUUUGAAAAAAAAAAAUUGAUCUGUCCGUAGGAUUUCAGUGUCUCUAAACUUGUUAACUUGCAUGCUUUUUAUUUCCCUUCUUCUGUUCCUUUUAUAGGAAUCUCCUUCAACUUACCUUCACAACCACUGUCGCUGUCUCCAAUUUAUUCCACAUGGAUUCUAAAUAAAAUUCCACCUCCCAUGUUUUGAAUCCACCUAUGCUAAUAGAAAACUCGAAGAAAUUCUGUAUUGCUUGAACUGCUUUCCUUGCUGUAUACCACUCUAUUUCACAACCCUGAACCUUCUCUUCAGCAGCACCAACUCUGUCUCGAGGUUGUCAUGGCUCAGACUUUCCUUUCAUCUUUCCUCAUCUGGCACUUCAACAAAGAACUUUUCCCCAUUUAAAAGACUGCAAACUUCAACAGCUCGUGAGUACUUUGGAUCCGAAGAUCUUUACUUCCCUUUAUUUGAUCCUAUCCCUCACUUCAAUUUCAUCUCUUUCUAUGUACAGCAUUAUAUAUUGCUCACUCACUCCGGACAAUCUGUCCUCAACAAAAACAUUAGCUUCAUCCCCUAGUAUCCAUACCUCAAUUGAGCUUGGCAGUGUUGAACUCUUCUUUCAUUGUAUGUGUUUAGUUAUUCAGAUCAGCAUCUUCUGAAUUCUUCCUCCAAUUUUGUGUGAAAACUACUGCUGUGAUAUCAGCUAUCUCAAUUUAUCUGCUCCCCUCACUCACUUUAACCUCGUUCCCUUAAGCCAAAUUCUAAUAUUGUCAUCAAACCUUGACCACUGUUGUUGUUCAGUAUACUGAGCUUUAUCUAACAGUAGUUGGAUGGGAACACCCUUCCUUCUACCUCUUCCUGAACCCACCAAUGGACAUCAAACCAUCAUUUCCAAGACCAUCACUGAUGCUCUCUCUCCAUAGUCUCCAAGCUCUUUGAUAAGUUUUGGGCCAAUCUGCCUCUACAUCCUUUCAGUUUCUUCCUGCUUUGCUGAACUAGGUUCACCUCAUUUUGUCUUGUUUAAUAUAUAUCAAUGAUACUUUCAGUGAAGUUGCUUCUAACAAUUUUCAGUUUCUUGGCCCCAGUUGUCUCCUUUUCAUCAUGAAUAUGUAAUCUUUCUCCAUCUUAUUGUCCACCAUUACAAGUCCGAAGACUCUGCUUCUUCAUUUGUUAUCCACCAUUAAUUUCCUCCACCUUUUUACCUUCACCAACCUCCUUUUCAAAGAAAAGGUUUUUCCUGCUGGAAUCCAUUGGUGUCUGCCUUUUUUUGGGAUACCUGGAACAUUAUUUAUUCCAGUCCUGUUUGAGUCCUCUGCUCUUUUCUGCUACACUGAUUACAGUUACAAUGCAAUUUUCUGCUCUUUGCUUGACUGGAUUUUGUUAAAAACCAAUCUGCUGCUAAUUUCUACUUUUCUCUAACCUUUAUACGGUCCAUCAUUAUCUAAGAAUAUAAUUUUCUUAGUAACAAUUCUAGAAUUCUUUUUCACAGAGGACUGUUAAGGGUGGGACCUAAGUAUACUCAAGAUUGAGACAGACCAGAGUUCUGGUACGUGAGUCAAGAGAAAAACCAGGAAAGUGGAUUAAGUUAUCAAAUCGGCUAUGAUCUCAUUGAAUGGGCUGAAGGGUCUACUUCUGCUAUUGCAUCUAAUGACCCAUAAUAUGACGGACAGGGUUCUCAACAUCCAAACUGUAUUUCACACCCUUCUCUAAUGGCUUCCCAUACUCCCAGAACCAUGACAGGAUUUCAUUUGUCAUUAGCCUCUGGUUUCCACGGAUCAUUCUCUUCUUCCCCAUUUCCAGUGUGAUGCCAUCACCAAACACAUUCUCUUCCCUCUUUCAGUAUUUCACCAUUCUCUCUACAACACUCCGGUCCACUCCUCAAUCAUUCAACAACUCUCCACUUCCAACAGUACCUUUCUAAGCAAGCACAAGAGAUACACACUUACCUUUUUCCUCCUCCCUUCAUACUGUUCAAAGCUCCAAAUAUUCCUUCCAUGUGAAACUGUCAUUUACUCCUUUCUAUUUAAUGUAUUCACUGCUGAGGAUAUGCUAUCCUGUGUAUUCCAGGAAAGAUUGAGGAACAACACCUCACUGGACACUAGACAUCAUUCUGGUCUCAACACCAAGUUUACAUUGUAACAGGUGUCUUCGUGGUUUCCUUUUUUCUUAGUUCUCUGUAUUUCAACCAAUAUCAUGCUCAUACUAUAGGGAGAUGAUGGUCUAGUGGUAUUACCACUGGAUUAUUAAUUCAGAGAACCAGGUUAGAAUCCCGCCAUAGGUGAUGGUGGAAUUUGAAUUCAAUAAAAAAAAACUUAGAAUUAAGAAUCUAAUGAUGACCAUGAACCCAUUGACAAUUGUCAGAAAAAGACAUCUGGUUCACUAAUGUCCUUGAGGGAGAGAAACUACCAUCCUUACCCUGGUCUGGUCUCCAUGUUACUCCAGACCCACAAAUGUGGUUGACUCUGAACUGCCCUCCGGAUAAUUAGGGAUGAGCAACAAAUGCUGCCUAGCCAGCGAUGCCCUCAUCCCGUGAAUGAAUAAAGAAAAAAAGCCUUAGACAUACAUGGUGUUAAAGGCACAAAAUAUUUGUUUUGUGAAGACAAUAUCCCUUGUGAUGAAAAAUAGAUGUGCGCGCUUUGGAUAUAAGCUGAUUCAUAGAUGUUGCAUCACAUAUGCAUAUUUGACAGUUUAAAAUGUAGACAGGUCCAUGCAAUUGUUAACAGAUUAAUGUAUUAUUCAUUCUAAGUACCAGUUUCUCCAGCUGUUCUAUUUUUUCCAUGUGGUUUGUACAGAACAUUUGAACAGCCUCUCACAUGAAAAUGCUCAUUCAGCUGUCUAAACCAUCUGUGAAAAGCAGCAGAAAAGAAAUAUUUUAAUAUUCAUUCAAAUUUAAAUGAAAUAGUUUGGUUUUGAUCCAAAGGAUUUCAAGACUAAUGGUAACAUUUAUCUGGAAUUGGCCAGUUGGAUUGCAAUGGUCUUUUUCAUCCUGCACGUUUGCUACAGGACAGAUUCCAGAUUCCAUCACAGCAAAUCGAAACUUUUAUUACAACAGUCUUGUGCACUUUUUCUCAAAUUACAACUAUUCUGCCAAAGCUUUCAUUAAACAAGGAAAUUCCUUGGAAUGUUUAAAUAUAUUUGCAUUUACACUUAUCAUAGCUCAGAAACCUCUUAAAAUAACUUUAUUCAGUUGUUAUUUAUGUACCAAAAGCAAACAUCAACAGAAGAACAGUAAGCUCACUAUCAAAAAUGAAUGAGUUCUGGUAUUUCGAAGAUGUUGGCAGAGAUUUAACGUUCACAAAUUUCUUAUGACUAAAAGGGAACUUGAACAUUCAAUCACAAAUGGCCCAAUUCAGUGAUGUCACCUGUGAACAUAUUACACAGCAAAGCCUCUUGAACUCAUGUCCUCAAUCCAGCCUUUUCUUUCACCCCCUCAAUCUUCCUUUACAAGAAAUGGGAUAGAAACUGCCAUGUCAUUAUAGGACUCCUGAGCCACCACUGUUGGAUAAGGUAAUCUUCCCAAAGGGUUAUGUCAGAUACUACUUUGAGCUCUACCAGUUUGCACAUAUAAUAUUGGCUUGUGUAGGGCUGAGGUAGAACAUGUUAGGGUCCCAGGAAGCAUAAACUGAAAACAGAAACAGGCCUCCUCAUGGUUAGUACUAGUAAUGCUGACUAAUGUGACUUGUAGCUAGUUGCUACCAUGCAAUAAACUACAUCUUGUUAAAGACAAAAAAAUUCUUGUUAAAACUAAAUUGUAGUUAAUUCUCUAUCAGUAUAAACCAGGAGACUCUCUGAACCAGUCAAAAAUAAGAGGAUUGGUGGGAGUUUGCUUCUACCCACAAAUGCCACAGCCAUCCACAGCUCUUAGGCGACAAGCAGCUACUACUACAUUGACUGUACCUCCAUACACAAUUAGUAAUCAGAUAGGAAACAGUUCUCUGGGAAAUAAUCAUUAUAUGACUAACUGAAUUCUAUGUUAAUUUUGAAAACACGCCAAGGAACUGAUACAAAACCAAUUAUAAAAGUCAUACCAAUUAAAUCAGGUUAAGGGAAAGUUAGCUGAUGUCAGUUUAGGCUAAAAAGCUUAAAAAUUCUCAAUGAAAAGUCGAAAUUUAAACAAAAAUACUGCACUAUAUAAUCACACUAGAUAGGGAAUUCUCACCAGGUGUCAUUGGUUUAGAUUGGUGACCUUCUCAUAGGCUAUGCUGUGAAGUGAUUUCAGUCGAGAAAGAAUCAUCCAAUAGUAUAGCAUAAGAGGAAUGUGACCCAUAAUGUUAGGUGCAGUUCAACUGAACAUAAUGACUUUCUCCCAUCACCAGUGACCCUUUUCUCUCAAAUACAAAGAUCCAGUUUUUAAAUCACUGUUCAGCAACUCUGGUGGAAGUAUCAAUUUGCACACAUUGGGCCAAACUACCUUGCCCCUUUGGUUAUUUAAAUUUCUGAGAAGUUUAAUGUUGGAAUAAUACCUAAAUGGGUAGUACCUGAUGCCUUGGGAACAUGCAAGAUAAUUGGGAAGUAAAACAAAAAUAAAUCACAAACACGAUUAUCAUUCUAAAACCAAACUAUAUACUUUGUCUAUUUUACGCACAAAAGUAUAUACAUUUAUAGUUUAAAUUUAUGGGUGUUAGGAUGCAAAUAAAACUACUUUAAUCAUAACUUUGCCUUUGAAUUUCAUGAAUCCCAUCUCUUUAAUUACACUACAGUGUCAUGCUAUUCUCAAGAAACCAGAGAACCAAUGUCAGACAAUUUUAGCUAAGCUUCAAUUUGACAAGCUUGAGAGACAAAUUCCACCAACAGUCUAUCUGCAUCCUGAAAAAAAGUGACAUUUGUAUAGUUUAUACCUGUUAUAAAAAAUGUUACAACACUUAAAAUUAUUACACAUCAAGAAAUAGGAAAUGGAAAGGAUAACAAUUUAUGGAUCACUAUAUAAUGGUCCAAGUACCAAUGCACUGUUCACUUGAGCUUUUAGAUUUAAGUUAAGAACAAAUGUCUCAAAUUUCCUAAUUUUGAAAAAAAGGUGAUGACCAUCCUUUCUAGUUGAUGUAUGUGAAUAAUGAACAAAUAUCCAUCAAGAUGGAAAGAAUAUGGAGGAAAUAUUUUGGAAUAAUUUAUAACGAGUACUGUAGAUAUCUGCAACCUUGGCUUUCUCUUAAAAUUAUAAACUAAAAAUAACACUUUGUGAAUGUGCUUCCAAAAUAUUAUAAGAGUAUGAUAGCUGGCUUACCUUUUAAUAAACAUUAUUUUGCCACCAGAAAAUGUCAAAGAAAGGAACAGUAGUAUGGCUGACAGCAGGGAGUACAGCCAGUAAUUAAGUUAUAAUGACAAAAAUGCUUGUGUCAUCAAGUGAAUUGCAAUUUAUUUUGUUACAAUUCUAAUGCAAUAAAGUUCUGAUUCACUUCAAAAUACUUACCUCAUUAAUGUUGCAUUUCCUGUAAAGGGCCCAAAUCUGAUGUCUUCAUAGGGUUGGUGGAAACCCAAGAUAUGCAAUGCUUCCUCCUGAGUAAUUGGUGGAAGACUGUGGAAAAUGUCACACUACAACUUUAUGUUAUCACAAACAGCAACAGCUUGCCCAAAAGAUCACAAUUGCCAAUCUUGUUAGAACAUAAUGUUUUUUAAUCUAUGCAAAGUAGACUUAAUUUCUAUUGGCUAUUGGCUUCUGCUAUUCUGGUACGGUGAUCAUUCAUAGAAAUCCUGUUAACCUAAUGUACAUUUAUCUGGUCAAUUUUUACUUUACUUU